AUGUACGGGGAAAGUCAUCUUCUGCAAUAUAUAAUUCAAGAGAUAUCAGACCUGCUAUCAAAAUCAGAGAUUGAGAGAUUAAAGAAUCUUGUUACAUCAAGAGUGGAUCUCGACAGACCAGCCAGGAUUAGGAAAGGUUCUGAAUUAUUUAAAGAAUUGGAAUAUAAAGGAGAGUUAUCAUGUUAUUAUGUUAAAUAUCUUUUGGAAAAAAUCCAUCGUUCUGACCUGGCCGAGAAUUUUGUUGCUCCUUUUCACAACAGUGAGGAAUUAUUUAGAAGAGAGUGCCAUUCACCUCAAGAAAGAAAUCAGGGGUAUGAAACAUCUGAAAGAACUUGUGUUGUAGAUAGAAGAACUUCAAAUGAAGUGGGAGAAAGUGGAGAAAUUUCUAAGAGUGCUGGUAUUGAUGAAGAGUUCCAUGUUGGCAACCCUUCUGGUGGAAACGUUUGUGACAGUGAUGGCAGCACAAAUUCCUCUCCUAAUCAAGGUAAUUCAAAUAGUGCGAGUUCUUUGGUAGAUAUUAAUUAUGCUGAUUCAUCAAGUGGAAGGUGUGGUUUGGCUUCAAGCUGUUCACAGUCUACAUCCACCUCUGCUGUGUAUGUGGAAUCUUUGACUGAGGAUUCAUGCUGUGGUGCACCAACAAUCAGCUUAAAUUCUGAUCAUAAUGCUUUGAAGGCAAGGGAAAAUUCUGCUGAAAGUUUAUUUGAUACCACAAGUGGUCGAGACGAGAAGCAAGAAAGGUCUGUGUCUUUAUCACUGACAGAAGAAAGUUUUGAAAGUAGAGAAGUGAAAGGAUGGAGUGCUGUUAAGGUGGAAGGAGGAAAAGAAGACUUGAAUAGCUCCAGUAGCAUCUGUAAUGGUGCUGUAAAUGGAUUCUAUUUGAUUCAGCACGUUAAUAUUGUUGGUGAUAGUGAUGGUCUUGGUUGUACUUCAGGUAGAGCCCAAGAUAGUUUUAAGCUGAAAAAUGUAUCUGGUGUGAGUCAAGAUUCUCUCUCACCUGAAAGCAUGCCUCUGAAGCAAAAUGUAUCACAGGCAACAAUCUCUGCUCAAAAAGGUGCGGUCCAUGUUCUGUCUGAUUCUUGUGCAAGCAGUCAGUUGAAUACAUGGGAACAUGUAGAGGCUAGACCAAAAAACACAACUCAGAAGCAAAAUGUUUCAUGUGAAAGAAUCACUACUCAAAAAAACGUAGCCACAGAUCAGGCUGAUUCUUAUCUGAGCAAUCAGUCCCAUGAAUGGGAACAUUUAGGGGUUAGAAAAAGAGACAGAACCCCCAAAAAGGACAGUAUUUCAGAUUCUUCUUUACUUUUCUCCUCAUUGGUUGACCAGGUUCCUCAACAAGUUGGAGGACCUGUGGUCCAGGGAGUGGUUAACACAUUCUUGGCAAGACACUCCGAAGACAAACAUCUUCAUGAAAGUCUGUAUUACAACAAUGCAAAGGAGAUGUUGGCUAAGGAUAUGGUUAGCAUGAUGAACAUGAUUGACUCCAACAAAGCAAAACCAUACCUUGGUGACUGCCAGGUUGCUACAAGGUCAGAUCCAUUUUCCCAACCAUAUUCUUCCAUAUUUCCUCUGACUAAUGAGGUAUAUUCCAGAGUGAAUGGUGAGGAUGACUGCCCUUUAAGUGACUAUUUCAAUGGCAAUUAUUUACUUCCACCUGGACCCUCAUACAGCUGUAUUGAAGCUAAUACAAGCCAAAACUGGUAUUCCAACUCAUUCAAUCCUAACUUCUUAGGUGGAGACUUUCCACUUGACACAAGAGAGCCUCCACUACUCCAAGAUGGGCAUUUUACAUCCUUGCAAAGGAGUGAUUUUCUACAGUCAGGGUUCACUUGUUCAGGAUUGACCUCUGAUUUUCUGGGAACCACAGGACCUCAAGUGACACACUCUGUAAUUGUUACACAGAGUAAUAUUGGCUUCACUAGAACAACAACAGUUUUACCUCCUGAGCCUUUGCAAAUGCAAAUGCCGUCAACCACAAACUUAGGAUUUUUGGCAAGUUCAUCAGGUAAUUCUCAAAUCUAUGGUAAUCAACCAAAUGGUUCAAGAGAUUUUCCAGCUUCGUCAUUACUGGCAAGGGCUAUUGGAUCUGACCACAGACUCCUACCAUGGUUGGAAUCUAGAAGGAAGACUCAUUUGUCACCAGUCUCUUCAGUAAGGGACAGUGUGAAUACAUCUAGACAUGAGAAUUCAAACAGUACAUCAAACACAAUUGGAAAUUAUUUGACCUCUGGAACCUUCAGUGAAGGAGACAGAGCUGGUAAUUCUAUAAGCUCUGGCUUAACAUCUGGUGCUAAUAGAGGAGAAGAUCAUGAAGAGGAGGGGGAAAUUGAAACGGAAAGAGGGCUGCAAAGAGCCACUUUUGUCCAGGAGUCAUUGGACUCCACUCACAACAACUCUCGGCAAUUGGAGCAAGAUGUAAGAGAUGCAUGGCUGAGGGCCUUAGCCAAUAACCCACUUUUACGAAGAAGGUGACGCACAUGUGCCGAUGAAGUGAAGAAGUGCAAGAAACCGGAACAACCAAACUGAUACCAUGCUGAACUACUGGAUAUGCUGAACAGAUCAUAAUUAGAAUAUAUAUGUUUACUAAUUGUUCUAAAAGCCGUAAAUGAUCCUUCGAUUCCAACAAACAGAAUCGAGCCUCUGGCAACUAGAGAGGGUUAAGGUAGGUAGUUGGUUGGUAUUCAGAGCGAUGAUAUCAAAAUAUAUUUAGCUAUUGGCAAAAGGUUUUCUGAAAAACAGUGCACGCGACAACCUCCAAAGGCAUUACGGGUAGUUUUUUAGGUCACGGUUUCUUAACCUCAGGAUUUCAGGGAAAUCUGAUAAAACAUCACUCUAAGGAAGAGGCGCGCCUGGUUUCAUUUCUCUAUUUUGUUCGCAAAACUGACUUUCAAUUCUAAACUUGAUGAAAAAUAAAAUAAAAAAAAGGACUUACUGACUUUAUAGCAGUGACCUAAAGAAAAGAAGAACAGAUUUACAACGUAAUUUUUUCUUUUCGUUCCUCUCGUUUUGACGUGCAAGUCAGUAUUUAUCUCCUGUUCAUUUGUCCAUAUUUAUUGGUUUCACUUACUAACAUUCAUUGAUUACCUGAUACCAAGAUUAUCAGUCGAGAUUGUCGCGUGUACUUUCUCAUUUUUACCGACAACCUUUCUGCAAACAACCGUAUAUACCUCUCAGUACUUUAUUCAUUCUUAUAUAUUAUUCAUACUACUCUUACAAAGAGUGCAUUGUUACAGUGGAACUUCGAAUUAACGAACCUCUCUAUAACGAAGCCCUCGGUACAUUUCAGCCUGGCUAAAGUUACAAUAAAAUGUAUGCCACAGAACCUCGAUAUAACGAAAUCCUCGUUAUAACGAACACAAUCCAGAAGCCCAAACGUAUACAGAUACCCCGACAUAACUGACCAAAGACUAAUGCGAAACAGACCAACGGUGCUGUACUAUACAGUAGUGUUCUUUUGUUUGAUACUGUACAAACUUUUCAUGUACAUUAUGACAUUUGACAAGUCAGGCACAAAAGAAAGAGAAUUUCCGCGCUCUUUCUCUUGAAUGAAAGGGGUAUUUUAAAGAAAGACAAAAUAUGAU